AUGACAUCUCCUGAAUACUCUACUGGGAUUGAAUCCCCCGCUACUGCAGUUUCUGGACUCACAACUCCACAUUUGAAGAGUGGAGAAUUUCCGGAAAGUUCCAAUUCUUCUCUGUCAGAUGUGUCUCAACUGGAUAAGUUGACGGAUGCACAAUCCAAGCCUACAAACUCAAAUACACAAGCUGGCAAUGCUGCGCCUUCUGUAUUUGAAAUUUCUCUGGAAUUAGACCAGAAAUUGAAGGAUAUGGCCAAAGUAGUAGAGCUGCUGGAUAAGGAGAUUAAUAGUCGUUUAGAUACACUUUUAUCCAAGGUGAAGGCACUCGAAGAUCAAUGUCGUACAUAA